AGAGUGAAACAUUACGUACUCCGGUGGGCAGCGACUCAGCAGCGUCGGAAAUAUCGCCGGAAGUUGUUUGUCUUCGUCGAUUCGAACCCAAUUCCGAUUUGUUAGACUGUUUGGAUAAUUCAAUUUCCGUUUCAGCUCCGAAUUCGAAGUGGAGGGAGAAAGCGAAUCGGUUAUGAGCCGUUGACAUGUCUGAGAAUCAUGAUUCCGAGUUGCUCGAGGGAGGUUCUGGUUCAGCGGAGUUGAGCUUUUCGGAGCCGGUUUUGGUUCCAAUCCAGUCGAGUGAAUCUUCAGAUGGAUUUACCCAUGUUGAAGCUUCAACGAAUGCGAUUCACAGCGAUGAUAAUCAGGAAUUCGUAGAGGGCUCUUCGCGAGGAGAUGACGAAGAUGAAGCAAAAAUUGCGGAGGAUGCGGGAAAGGAAGACUUGUUCGUCGAUUGCCCGGACGAGCUGGUUGGAAAUGCCGAUGGUAAAGAAGCGGUGGUUUCUACGGAAAUGGAAGAGAAUUCGGAGGAAAAGCUUAGUUUGGAAGAGACAUAUGGAGGUCAAGAUGGCUUCGCCGCUACCGGCGACGAAGUGGAACGCCUUCGAGCUAAGCUUGAUAAGGCUCUCCGUGAGAAAGAACGCGUCUCGCAUGAUCACGAGGAAGAAAGAGAGGGUUUUGCUAGAGAACUUGCUAAACUUAGGCACCAGCUCAAAGCCCUCGCCAAUGGAGAGUCAUUGCUGCUUGGUGGAAGUGGCGGUGAAGAGGAGAAUGGCACUGGUGUCUCACUAAAUGAAUUGAUGAAUGAAUCGUCUCGGAUUGUUCAAAGUGCUUAUGAAGAAAGGUUGGCUACUGAGGCCAAGAUAAGAGAGCUUCAUGAUGUUAUUCUUGCAAAGGAUCAGGAGAUAGAGGUACUCAAUGCUAAGGUUAAAGAAUUCCCGGGAUCGGAUGUUGAGAUGGUAACGGAUAGAUUGUUAGCUUAUUUUACUGGGGUAGUUGGUCAACAAGAACAGUUAGAUGAUUCUAUUGGCGGGAAAUUAGUUUUUAUUGAGAGAGGCGCUUAUAUGUUGGGUGAGAGGUAUAAUAUGAUCUUUUAUGAGGUUGAUCAACUGAGGCAGUGUUUUUCUGAGGCCAGGUUGGAUGCUGGGUUGCAGGAUUUGGGGACAUUUUUCACUGUUGCCCGCAGUGAGUUGGUUGAACUCAAAAGAAGGGAAUUAGAAUUUGCUGAAAAGUUGAGCCAUCUAGAAGAGGAAAAUAGGAAAUUGGUUAAACAACUUGACGAGCAGAGGGCGGUGGUUGAAAGAGUGAAUGUAGAAAUUGGUAAAACUAAAGCAGAACUUGAGCAGGAAAAGGUUAGGAGCAGUAAUACCAAAGAAAAGCUUACCAUGGCUGUGACAAAAGGUAAAGCAUUGGUGCAACAAAGGGAGUCGUUGAAGCAGUCUUUGGCUGAAAAAACGAGUGAGCUUGAGAAAUUCUUGGUUGAAUUGCAGGAGAAGUCGAGCGCUCUGGAGGCUGCUGAAUCACAUAAAGAGGAGUUGUUUAGAAGUGAAAAUUUGGUUGUCUCAUUGCAGGAAACACUUUUCCAGAGGAAUGCAGCUAUUGAGAAAAUCGAAGAAAUGUUUUCUGAGAGUGGUAUGCCCGAUGAACUUCAAUCAAUGGAAAUCAUCCAGAGGUGUAGAUGGCUUAUUGAUGAGAAUGAUAAACUGAAGGGUAUUUCCAUAGAAUUCGACAAAGUAAGAGAUGCUUUGUCUUUGAUUCAUGUACCGGAAACCGUUUCAUCUUUUGUAUUAGAAUCUCAAGUGCAUUGGAUUAGAGACUCGUUACACCAGGCCAAAUCCGAGUUAGAUGCAAUGCAAGAUGAGAUUGCUACUACAAGGGAGGCUGCACAAAAAGAGAUAGACCGCUUGACUGCUUCACUUUCAGCUGAAUUGCAGACGAAGGAUCAUCUUCAAACAGAGUUGGAUGAUCUGACAUGCAAGUACAGAGAGAUUGUUGAAAAAGAGCAUCGAGUUUCCUUAGAGAAGGAUCACAUAGUCAAAAUGCUACUUGAAGCCUCAGGAAUUGCAAUGGACGAUGAAGUAGUAUCUCAGUUGUCCUCUGAUGAUGUCACACUCGUAGAAAGAUGUUGCGCGGAGAUGAAAGAACAUAGUAGUGUUUCUUCCACUUCUUCUUAUGUUGAUGCCGAACUGUUUGAAAAAGUUCAGAGCUACUUGUAUGUGAGGAGUCAGGAGUUGGUGCUGUGUGAGCUUGUACUACAAGAAGAGAUGUUGAUGAGAUCACAAGUCAUUAAUCUUUCCAACGAGAUGAGGAUGGUAUCACAAGAACUAGCGGCAGUGAAAGAGGAAGAGGAGUCUCUACAGAAAGAUCUCGAACGAUCCGAGGAGAAAUCAGCCUUGCUGAGGGAGAAGUUAUCUAUGGCUGUGAAGAAAGGAAAGGGGCUGGUUCAGGAUCGGGAAAACUUGAAACUUCAAUUGGAUGAAAAGAAGUCUGAAAUUGAGAAACUCAAACUUCAGCUUAAGCAGCAAGAAUCAGAACUUGCUGAUCACAGGGAGCGGAUCAGUAGUUUGUCUGUUGAUAUAGAGCGCAUUCCAAAGUUAGAGAUGGAUCUUGCUGUUAUAAAAGAAGAAAGGGACCAUCUAGCCGCAAUAAAAGAAGAAAGGGAUCAACUUGAGAAGUUUUUGUUGGAGAGCAACAACAUGCUACAAAGGGUAAUUGGAUCUAUUGAUAAAAUUGAUCUUCCCGUUGAUUCAGUUUUUGAAGAGCCUGUAGAGAAGGUGAGCUUGCUUGCAGAAUACAUCAAUGAAUGCCGGGAUGGCAAAACACUUGUAGAAGAAGAAAUGGUGAGAGUAAAAGAGGAAGCCAAUACCCUUUAUCGCAAGCUCGUAGAAGCUGAGGCAAGUAUUAAGUCAUUGGAAGAUGCAUUAUCAGUUGCAGAGAAUGAGUUUUCUCGACUUGCCGAGGAGAAGGGGGAAAUAGAAGUUGCUAAGGACAAUGUCGAAAAAGAGUUGGAGAAAGUAAGAGAGGAAGUUUCUUUGCAUAGUAGCAAGUAUGUUGAGGUCUCUGAGUCUAAGAGGUCAACGGAAGAGGCGUUAUCACUUGCAGAAAACAAUAUGCUAGCAAUCAUUAGUGAGAAAGAAAGUGCUUUAGUUAGUAGAGAUGCUGCAGAGUCGGAGCUAGAGCAAGUGAAAGAGGAGGUUGCUAUCCAGACCAGCAAAUUAACAGAGGCCUACAAGACCAUACAGUCGCUUGAAGAUGCAUUAUCUGAGGCUCGGAACAAUGUGAAUGUACUGAAUGAGCAAAAUAGUGAUGUUGAAGUCCAAAGAACCAAUUUGGAAAAUGAGCUGAAGAAACUACAAGAAGAAGCUGGGUCCCAGGUUAGCAAGCUAGCAGAUGCGACCGCGACCAUAAAGUCGCUGGAAGAUGCAUUACUGAAGGCAGAGAAUAGCGUCUCUGUGCUUGAAGGUGAGAAGAAAAAUGCGGAGGAGGAGAUAUUAACGUUGAGUUUAAAGUUAAAGGCGUCUAUGGAAGAGUUGGCUGGAACUAAUGGCAGCUUAGAGAGCAGGUCCACUGAGCUCUCUGGUUACCUUUGUGAUCUUCAAGUGCUUAUGAAUGAUAGCACACUGCUGUCCUUAUUGAAAGGGUUUGAGAAGAAAUUCGACAGCCUUAAAAAUAUGGAUGACAUUAUUGGACACAUAAAGGACCGUUUUCUUGGCUUGGGUUUAGAAGACAUUGAGGAAGAUUUUCGUCCUACAAAAUCCAUCACAGACAGUCUGGACGAUACUUUUAACUUUGAAAAGGAAAACGGUGAGGUCAGCGUUGCAGAUGGUGACCAUGUUUCAUCUUUUGGGAAGACUGUCGAAGGUUUCCGGUUGAGAAACAAAAUUCUUGCUGAAAGGUUUGAACGUUUCUCUUUAUUUAUAGAUGAGUUUAUUGCAGCUCUCUUGAGGAAACUACAGGCAACAAAAGAAGAAGUGGUGGUUGUGUUUGAGCACAUUGAGACUUUGAAACAGAAAGUAAAUAGUUUGGAGGUGUAUAAACAGGAACAAGGGAAUACUAUUACCUUGUUAGAAAAUGAUGUGAUGACUUUAUUAGAUGCCUGUACUAAUGCUACCAGAGAACUGCAAUUUGAAGUAAAGAACAAUUUGUUGGAGCUCAGUUCUGUUCCUCAGCUGGAAAAACUGAGAACUACUUUAUCCUCAGGAGAAAUUAAUGGAGUCCCCUCACAAGAUGCUGAGCCAGUCAUUGAAGGUAGCAAAUGUGGUAAAGUAGCAGAGAUGUUGUUGCUUGCUAGCAGAAAAGUUAAAGCCCUGUGCGAGCAGUUUGAGAGCACCACUGACGUGGCAGCCUCUACAAUUGUAGAUUUGCAGAAUAGUUUAAAAGAAGCUGGAACACGUUAUGAGAAAGCCCUUGAAGAAAGUGAUCUGAAACAAAAUAUGGUUUCCAAGUUGGAGGGAGAAGUAAAAGCAUUACAAAACUCAUGCGGUGAGCUGAGGCUUUCAAUAGAGGAUUAUCAAGCGAAGGAGGUUAAGUUAAAGGAAAGAGAAGCAGAAGUAGAAGCAUUAAAAAAUUCAUGCAGCGAGCUGAGGCUUUUGAUGGAAGAAUAUCAAGCCGAGGAGAUUAAGUUAAAGGAAAGAGAGGCAGAAGUAGAAGCAUUACAAAACUUAAGUAGCGAACUGAGGCUGUCAAUAGAGGAUUAUCAAGCUAAGGAGGUUAGGUUAAAGGAAAGAGAGGCAGAAGUACAAGCAUUACAAAACUCGUGCAGCGAGCUGAGGCUUUUAAUAGAAGAAUUGCAAGCCAAGGAGGUUAAGUCAAAGGAAAGAGAGGCAGAAGUAGAAGAAUUACAAAACACGUGCAGCGAGCUGAGGCUUAUAGUAGAGGAAUAUCAAGCCAAAGAGGUUAAAUUAAAGGAAAGAGAAGCAGAAGUAGAAGCAUUAAAAAGCUCAUGCAGUGAGAUGAGGCUUAUGAUAGAGGACUAUCAAGCCAAGGAGGUUAAGUUAAAGGAAAGAGAGGCAGAAGUUUCAUCAUUGUACAAUUCGUUAUUGAUGAAAGAACAAGAGUCUGAAGAUUGCCUCCUGUCAGCAUCCCAAGUCAAAAACCUCUUUGACAAGAUCAGAGAGAUUGAGAUUCCCAUGGCAGAGUCCGAAGUAGGAGACGUGGAGCCCCAUAAUUCCACUCACGUAAAAAAGCUCUUUUACAUAAUUGAUAAUGUCACUGACCUGCAACAUCAGAUAAAUUCACUAUAUGGCGAGAAAGAAAAGUUACAGUCAACCCUUGGGAUGCAGACACGUGAAAUUCAGCUGCUGAAGGAGGAAAUUGAACAACAUUUCAGAGAUAAACAAGCAACCGAAAAGAUGAAGAAUGAACUCCCAGAACUCGUACAUGGUUUGGAGAAGAUUAUAGCUAUGUUAGGAGGUGAUAGUUUUGUUGGAGACCAAAAUUCUGCUGGUGUUAAGGGACCUCUUUCAGUAUUAGAAAGGCAGGUUAUGUCUUUGUUAAUGGAAUACGAAAGUUCAAAAUCAAAAGCACAGGAUCUUAGUAGCAAGUUGGUGGGGAGCCAGAAGAUUGUGGAUGAAUUAUCGACCAAGGUUAAAUUGCUCGAAGAUUCCAUUCAAGGCAGGAGUGCUCAGCCUGAGAUUCUCCAUGAAAGGAGCCUUUUUGAAGCACCUUCAUUGCCUACUGGUCCAGAAAUAUCAGAAAUUGAAGAUGCGGAACCAGUUGGAAAGAGUACAAUAUCUCCUGUCCCUUCAGCAGCCCACGUGCGUACUAUGCGAAAGGGUUCAACUGACCAUCUAUCUCUCGAUAUUGAUUUAGAGUCCAAUCGUUUAAUCAACAGAGAAGAAACUGACGAGGACAAAGGUCAUGUGUUCAAGUCUCUUAACACCUCGGGUCUCGUUCCAAAACAAGGGAAGUCGAUUGCAGAUCGAAUUGAUGGAAUUUGGGUAUCCGGUGGUCGGGUUUUAAUGAGUCGUCCCAGGGCGAGGCUAGGCGUUAUCGCCUAUAGUCUUCUUUUGCAUAUAUGGCUAUUGGCAACCAUUUUGUAAAAAAGUUUCUUAUCGUCUACUCGUUGGGAUUCCUGGAUCGUGUUACUACAUUCUAUCCCGCGUCAAUUGUAUCAUAGAUGAUGGAUACAUCAUAUAGCUGUCAAUUUUCUUUUCCAUUCUUUUUAUGUAACUCUUUUAUUUUUGAUUAACAUGAUCAUAAAGCGCUAUUGACCCUCUGCAAUCACAUUUUAAGGUUUCAGAGGAUCAAAGCCUGUGCGCCUGUGGAGAAUGCUCUGCAGAUUAUACUAUCUUAGCAUUGAGCGAUACUUUCUCAUGUGAUAAGUGG